AUGGCUGAUACCAAGGCAAAGGAGGUAAAGGCAGCUGCACCCACAGCUAAGCCUAAAAAAAAGUUGGCAAGCCCAGGAACUGCAGUUUGGGGAAUGGAGUCUACAGGUUCAGCAGAACUCGCAUGUUCCACAAAAAAGCUAUCUAUACGUUUCUUGACAAGAAGACACCCUAGAAGACAAGUUGUUUUGCAGUUCCUUAUUGAAACUUUGUUUGUACAGGUUGUCCCCGAGAAGCUCAGCACAGUCGUCAAGGCUAUCGAUGGUGAGAAAAAUGGAGACACCAGGGCUGUUUUGCUUGAAAAGAGGAAGGCAAAUUAUCAAUCACAGAUUUUAUCAUGUCUCACCCGCCUGAAAAAUUACUUCAAGGAUCACAAAGGACACCUUCAAGUAAACUGGCCUUUGAAAAUAAAUGCCUGCCAAUCAAAACAAAUCAAUCAAAUCUUCACUGUCACUACAUUCACAAAACUUGAUCUUAGCUACUUUAAAGUCCCUAAGCACAUGAAAGAUAGUUACUUUAAGAAGAAGCGUAAAAAGAUAGAUGCUGUGGAAACUUUGAUGAAGAACAAUGGACCAAUAAAAUAA